AUGGAAUCUCUUGGACUCGCCUUUAGCGCUGCUGGAGCCUUGACCCAGGUACUCGAAUGCUUCGAGUAUGUCUAUGUAGCUCGGAAUUUCGGCAACGACUACCAGAUCUACCAAUUGAAGCUUGACAAUGCAAGGCUUCGACUGUCCAGGUGGGGCUCAUCGGUGGAUCUGAAAUCAGCACCCAAGCAAGAGCAGGACCAAGCCAUACGAGCGUUGCAGAAGAUCUAUGAUCUCUUCACGAAGACCGAGGAGCUUUCAGACGAGUUCGCAAAGAAGAAUCACAAGCAAAAAUACUACGCCGGGUCCCAGGAGCCACCUGAAUCGAACCGGCUCGACAAGAUUACAGAAGCUUUGCAUGAGAAGAUGCGCGACCUGUCUCUCUUACGCGAGCGUCAACCCUCCAAAUCGACCCUCAAGAAAUCCAAAUGGGCUAUAUACUCCAAAGAACACAUGGCUAGCCUGACUGAAAAUCUCACAACCCUCACCACCGAGCUUGUCGAGCUCUUCCCAAAUGCCAGGGAGGAGCAGAAAAAGCUGUGCGAAAUUGAGAUGCUGGGCUUUCUUGACAACAUCCGCGUUCUGAGAGAAGCCAUUGGGGAACAAGAUGGCAUCCUUGCAGAAGAGUUGAAGAGGAUUUUGGAGCCAAGAGAGCGAAGCAUCAAGUUCCAAAACAAUCUGAAGGACAAUGCAAAAAUAGGUGCCAUGAUGGAUACAAAUGCGGGGAAAAUAGAUCAAAAGUUUUGA